CUACGCCUAAACCUCCAUCACUACUCGAUAUAAGUAAGAAGAGGGGAUACAAGUUCAGCAUGCAAUUGAUAUAUAAACUCAAGAAGCUAAAAAGUUAAGUGGCACUCGGUGCACCAAAGAAAUGGACUAUGUCACUGGUUUGCUUAUUUUGGUAAGUGUUCUCUUAUCAGUAGCACUGAUUCUACUAAAUCUAAAUGGCAAUCACCGUACCAAGAGUCGACCUCCAGGGCCCCCAGGAUGGCCAGUCAUCGGCAACAUUUUUGAUCUUGGAACUAUGCCACACCAGACUUUAUACAAGCUAAGGUUCAAGUACGGACCUGUGCUUUGGUUAAGACUAGGUUCCAAGAACACUAUGGUGAUACAAUCGGCAGCAGCAGCGGAAGAGCUGUUCAAGAAUCACGACUCCAGUUUCUGUGACCGCUCGUCUCUUGAUGUCCUUACAUCCCAUAACUACUGCAAGGGAUCACUUGCAAUUGGCCGGUAUGGUCCAUUUUGGCGAGUUCUCAGGCGUAUUUGCACCAUGGAACUUAUGACUAACAAGAGAGUCAAUGAAACUGCUCCACUACGGCGAAAAUGUAUCGACCAAAUGAUCAAGUAUAUUGAAGAGAAUGUAGCAGCUGCUAGCGCAAGGGAAGAAGCAACAGAGGUAGAUUUGGUUCAUUUGCUAUUCUUGACAGCAUUCAAUGUAGUUGGUAACCUGACACUCUCGCGAGAUCUUUUAGACCCACAUUGCAAAGAAGGGCAUGACUUCUAUAAGGCCAUGGACAAGUUCAUGGUAUGGGUUGGGAGGCCAAAUAUUGCAGAUUUUCUACCAUUCUUUAAAUGGAUAGAUCCUCAAGGGCUGAAAAGAAACAUGAACAGAGACCUAGGCCAAGCCAUCAGAAUUAUAUCAGGGUUUGUGAAAGAAAGGAUUGAGGAGAAUAAAUUAGGGAAAGAAAGAAAGACCAAGGAUUUCCUAGAUGUGUUGUUGGAUUUUAAAGGUGAUGGCAAAGAAGCCCCUCAAAAGAUCCCAUAUGACAAGGUCAUUAUAAUCGUAUUGGAAAUGUUUUUUGCAGGAUCAGAGACUACAAGCACUACAAUGGAAUGGGCAAUGGCAGAACUACUGCGCAGCCCUGACAAAAUGAAAAAGCUGAAAGAAGAACUGGAUGAAGUUGUUGGAGAAAAUAAUAAGGUGGAAGAGAGUGACAUUGACAAACUUCCAUAUCUGCAAGCUGUGGUGAAGGAAACACUCAGGUUACAUCCUGCAAUUCCUUUACUCCUUCCAAGAAAUGCCAUGCAAGAUACAAACUUUAUGGGAUACCACAUACCCAAAAAUACACAAGUAUUUGUAAAUGCGUGGGCAAUAGGAAGAGAUCCAGAUUCUUGGAAGGAUCCUUUGACAUUCAAGCCUGAAAGAUUUCUUGGUUCAAACAUUGACUACAAGGGUCAGGAUUUUCAGCUGAUUCCAUUUGGGUCAGGAAGAAGAAUUUGUGUGGGCAUGUUAUUGGGUCAGCGAGUAAUUCACCUUGGUUUGGCUUCUCUAAUUCACUAUUUUGAUUGGGAAAUGGGCAGCAAUUCUAAUUCAGAGACCAUAGACAUGAAUGAGAGGACUGGAAUAACAGUUCGUAAGCUUGAUCCUUUGAAAUUAGUACCAAAGAAACGCACGAAGUUAAGAAACUAGAAUAACAGCAUCAAUUGUUAUUUGGGUAUUAUCUACUUAUCUUCCAUGCUUACAGGACACGAAUAAAAUGUAUGGUUGUAGGAAAAAUGUGAAUUUAAUGGAGUUGAAUUAUUUACUUCAAAUUACUAGAGGCUGCCAUAGAUAAAUAAGUCUACUAUGUAUAAAUUAAGUUGUAUGAUCUUUUAUCAUGUUUCAAUAAUUCUAAGAUUGUGACUUUAAAGGAA